UCUCUGGUGGGUGUGUGCCAAGAUGAAAACGAUUCGACAAGAAUUCCGGAAGAGUCAGUUUAAUUUUAAACACGAUAAGCCCCACGAUUUCGCAAUUUGGUCUUGGCAAGUGAAUCGGCAGAAAAUUAACGGCUAUUUCAUCUUGUAUCGAUUCGUGGCGGCCGCCUUCUUUCUCUCCGUCCUCGUCGCAAACGGAUCGAUUAGUACCACCCCCAAAUUUUUUUUUAUUUAUCUAACCAAUCUAGGAUUCAUCAUUCAGACUCUUCACUUAGUUGUAAGCCUGGCCAUUCCAAUCGAACUUCUCUUGCAGAAGGCGAAUGACGAAACUGUUGAUGGCUUCAAAUGGACUCUUUUGGCUCGUUUUUCUUGGUUUUUAUACAAUGUCACAAACUUGCUCUCCAUCGCCAUCUCGGUCAUCUACUGGUUGGCUUUGUUCACACCAGGUUCCGGAUUGUCAGCGAUGAAUUUCCUAGUUCACGGAUUCAACAGUAUCAUGUCCAUUUGUGACAUCUUAGUGAGCGGCAGACCCUGCCGUUUGAUGCACUUCUAUCAUCCAUUGGUCGUCAUUUUAGCCAACAUUGCCUUCAGCUCGAUUUACUGGGCUGCUGGCGGGUUAAACAAUGAUGGUUCUUCCUAUAUCUAUCCCGUUCUCAACUGGGACAACCUUAGCCUCACAGUUCCCUUCGCGUGA